UAGUCACAGUCAGUCCGUACUCCGUGGGUGGGUCGGAUAAGGUAGGGCAUUGUAAUGCCUUACCAAACGAUUUCGUACGAUAGCCAUAGUUAGUUUAUAUAUAAUAAUAUAUUUAUUAAAAGUGUAGGUUCUUUAUUAUAAUUUAAUUUAAAUGUGAAGUGAAAUAGGACAUCCACGUGUGAACAAUAUUAAAUAUUCAUUAAAUAUAAAUACAACAAAGCUAAAAUUCGAAUCGUCGGUGCCCUUGUAUACUAUAAUUAGUUUUUAUUUUAUGUAAUAUUUAAAUGUUUACUUAGACCAACUGAGAAAUUAACUUAAAAGACAAUGUCUCGAAGAAAAUUGUUAAUUGGUACUGCAGGAGUCGCCGGCGCGGUGAUAACAGGCUGGGCGCUCUCCGCUGACGACAAACCGCACUGGUACAAUGCAGGAACAGUUGCCGCAAAGACAGAACGCAAGAAGCGACCUCUGCCGUCUCGAACGGAACAGGUGAACAAUCUCCAAGCAGGCCACACUUAUGACAUCCUUAUUAUCGGUGGUGGCGCCACCGGUGCGGGAUGUGCUCUCGACGCUACAACGAGGGGGCUUCGCACAGCACUUGUCGAAGCUGACGACUUCGCCAGCGGCACUUCUAGCAGGAGUACAAAGCUGAUACACGGCGGCGUGAGAUAUUUGCAGAAAGCUAUCUUGCAGCUCGACUACGACCAGUACAAGAUGGUAAAGGAGGCAUUGCACGAACGCGCUAACAUGCUAGAGGUGGCUCCACACUUGACAAGACCUUUACCGAUCUUGCUGCCAGUAUAUAAGUGGUGGCAGGUACCCUAUUAUUGGUUCGGUAUCAAAAUGUACGAUUUGGUGGCCGGCGACAGAAAUCUAAAGAGCUCAUACUAUUUAUCUAAGAAGAAUACUCUAGAACUAUUCCCUAUGUUGAAAUCUGACAAUCUGUGCGGCGGUAUCGUGUAUUACGAUGGCCAGCAGGACGACGCGCGCAUGAAUCUCGCCAUCGCGCUGACGGCGGCGCGGCACGGCGCCACCAUCGCCAACCACGUCAGCGUCACCAAACUGCACAAGACCAACGGCAAGCUCAGCGGCGCCAGGCUGCGGGAUGAACUGACGGGCAAAGAAUGGGAUAUAAAAGCGAAAUGCAUCAUCAACGCAACUGGUCCGUUCACUGAUUCCAUCAGAAAGAUGGAUGAUCAGAACGUCAAAUCUAUCUGCUGUCCUUCCUCUGGUGUCCACAUUGUCCUCCCCGGAUAUUACAGUCCAGAACACAUGGGUCUGCUCGAUCCCGCUACGUCUGACGGUCGUGUUAUCUUCUUCCUUCCAUGGUUGAAGGGAACUAUAGCUGGUACCACGGAUAUGCCGUGUCAGGUCACCCACAACCCUAAGCCCACGGAGGACGAAAUUCUCUUUAUUCUCACUGAAGUCAAAAACUACCUCAAUCCAGAUGUUGAGGUGCGGCGCGGCGACGUGCUGUCGGCGUGGUCGGGCAUCCGGCCGCUGGUGUCGGACCCCAACAAGCCCGAUACGCAAUCGCUGGCCAGGAACCACAUCGUGCACGUGUCGCCCGCCGGCCUCGUCACCAUCGCCGGCGGCAAGUGGACCACCUACCGCGCCAUGGCCUCCGAGACCAUCGACGCCGCUAUUGAAAGCUCAAACCUCAAGCCACUCUACAAGGAAUGUCAAACUGAUGGUUUUCUGAUAGAGGGCGCUCACGGAUGGACUCCUACCAUGUACAUCAGAUUGGUGCAGGACUUCGGUCUUGAGAUGGAAGUCGCGCAACAUUUGGCUAAGUCAUAUGGAGAUCGUGCAUUUGCAGUAGCAAAAAUGGCCAGUAUGACUGGAAAGAGAUGGCCCAUUAUUGGCAAGAAAGUGCAUCCUGAGUUUCCUUACAUUGACGCUGAGAUAAGAUACGGCGUGCGCGAGUACGCAUGCACGGCGGUGGACAUGGUGGCGCGCCGCCUGCGCCUCGCCUUCCUCAACGUGCAGGCCGCGGCCGAGGCGCUGCCCGUCGUCAUUGAGAUCAUGGCCGAGGAGCUCAAGUGGUCCGAGGCCGAGAAACAGAAACAAACAAAAAUGGCUGCUGAUUUCCUCGCCAAUGAAAUGGGACAGAUGGUGAACCGAGCCAGCCGAGACAAGAUCCCGAUCAACCUGAACAAAGAUGAGAUUCAGACAUACAUAAAGCGCUUCCAAAUCAUAGACAAGGAUAGGAAAGGAUUCGUGUCUAUUAACGACAUUAGGAGAAGUCUUAAGAGUAUGGGUGUGAAGCCAUCGGACGCUGAAAUAAGUGCAAUUCUAUCAGAAAUAGACGUCACUUAUAAUGGGCAACUGGAAAUACAGGACUACCUUCAGAUGAUGUCGGCUAUCAAGUCCGGUCACGUGACGUAUUCUCGGUUCGCUCGUAUGGCCGAGCUGGAAGAGGAACACCACGAACGAGAGGCUCUCAAGAAGAAGAUCACCGUCGAGAGGAGUGGCGGUGGCUUGUAGACAUCCCCAAGUUGGUAUGGCUAUUGAUAAGUAUAUCGAAUACAAUAAGCAUCGCAACAAUGUAGUUCAUAAGUGUAACCAGUUAUGUCACUUAAGUAUUAUUCGUCAACUUAUCACAAAAUUACAUUUAAUUUAUUAACUACUGCUAUCAUACGUCCAUUAUUUAUUUCAAAUUAUAAAUAAAUUAUGUAAUUCCAUCUUCGGGUUGGAUUUUUAAUAUUGAGAUUAAAAUGUAAAUAAAAUCAUUUUUUAAUUAGACCAUAAAUUGUUAACUUUCGACAUUAAUAAUAUUUAUUUCUACAUACAUAAAUACAUUCUCGAAAACAUCAACUGGUCGAAAGUGUAAUGCCUCCUAUGAAAUUGAUCUAAUAAUACUGGUCCACUGAAAUACCACCAUUGAUAAUAAUUUCAUUUAAAAUAUUAAUUAUAUUUAAAUUAGUCAUUACAAAUUGUGAUUUAUCUACCGAAAAAAUAUUUUGUUAAGGUAUUGUUCAAUUUUGUAAAAAAAUUAUUUAUAGAAUAUUAACGCAUAGCGUAUUUAUUUUAGUUUAAACUUACUUUUUGAUCUACUUAUAUAUUCACACAUGUAAUUUUGUUGUGCAAUAAAUCAGUUUGUAUCCCAAA